AUGUGGGCCAUCACGAAACGACCAAUUCUAAAUACUGAGGCAGGUCGGCAGCUCGAAGCGAGACGAAAGCUCUGUGACUUUCAGAGCAACAUGUGGCUUUUGCCAUCACAUUUGCACAUUUUGAGGUUAAGAACGGGUACUCGGAACUCGACUCUGGUUCUUCCGGCUGAAGACUUUAUUGAGAUCUCGCCCAGGGCCUUUCCAGUUUCUCAAGUGCCACCUCGAUUCCUGUCCACCAUCGCGGAACACGCACCACCGUCAGCGAUACUAGGGAAGCCCCCAAUAAUUUUUGAUGUGGCAGAUUCUGGUACUUAUUUCUGGCGGUUGUCAACCAUGGAUGAGUAUUUGGACGCGAGUUUAAUCUGGAGCGAGAUGUCCUUUCCUCGCAAUUGGCUUUUGUGUUCCUCUAGAGUAGUUGAGUGGCCUCAGACUCGUCUCCAGCCGCUCAUGAUUCUUAACGCGCACGAAACCACUAACCCUUUUCUGCUUGAUCCCCUUUUAGAACAUAUAAACCUAAAAGAUGGCAAUCCUCUACCGAAAUACUUAAGCAGUGGUUUAACGACAGUGGCUGCCCAAUUCAAGUACUCAUCGUUUCGCUGGCUUGAGGCCAGCGAGGCGUCGUCAGUUGUUAAGAGUUCAGCUACGCCACAUUUGGUUUCCAUUCUUGCGAAGAUGCAUCUUUUGCACAUUUCGCAACUUCCCAUUGAGAUUCAACGGAAAAUGGUGAUGAAAAUACCUCGCUUUGUCCUUUUAAGAUCAAAUAUUAUGCCUUUUGUUUAUAUCGAAAAUAAAGGAUGGCUUUCUCGAAAACGCAUAUGUUUUACCGAGCAGAUCACACGUUCUGACCUUCCUCUUUCAAAUGAAGAACUUUCUCAUCAGCCAUUAAUUUGGCUAGCUGUCAAUGCGGAUGACGCGAUGGCUGUGUCAAACACAUAUCUUGUUCGGUACUAUGUCACUCAACGACUCUUUUAUAAUGCUUCCCAAUUAAAGACGGAGGCAUCUUAA